AUGGCCGAUUUAUAUGCCAAAUAUAACUGCACAUAUUGUCAAGAGGAGAUAAAUGGAGUUCGUGUUCGAUGUGCCGAGUGCAUAGAUUUUGAUAUUUGCCUGCAGUGUUUUUCACUUGGUGCUGAAAUUGGGCCGCACAAAAAUGAUCAUUCCUACCAGUUUAUGGACUCUGGUGCUUUUGGUAUAUUCUUGGGACGAACUAGUUGGUCUGCCAAUGAAGAAGUUAGAUUAUUAGAUGCUAUAGAACAAUUUGGCUUUGGAAAUUGGGAAGAUAUUGCUAAACACAUAGAGUCUAGAUCACCUGAAGAGGCAAAAGAUGAAUACAUUGCCAGAUAUUUGGAAGGCAGUAUUGGCCGGGCUACAUGGGGCAAUGUUGAAAGUACCAGCCGUCCAUCACUGCAUUGUGCAGAUAGAGAUGAAGGCCCAUUAGGUCCUAGUGCAGUUUCACGUUUGCCUCCACUUGCAGUUACAGCAGAUGAAGCAUUGCAACUUGGUUAUAUGUCAAAUAGAGAUGAUUUUGAAAGGGAACAUGAUCAUGAAGCAGAACAAUUGAUAUCAACAUUAUCAUUAAACCCUGAAGAUGAUGAGUUAGAUGUUGCUUUAAAAUUGUCUCAAGUAGACAUUUACACGCGCCGUUUACGGGAGAGGACAAGAAGAAAAAGGCUAGUGAGGGAUUACCAGUUAGUGUCAGUAUUUUUCAAUAAUCAACGAAACAAACAAAGAACACUCGGGAAACUUGCUAAGGAAAAAAAGGAGUUCACAGAACGUCUUCGAUGGACGGCGCAGUUCUACGGGCGGACGGAGCAGGGCGGCGUAGUGGCGGGGCUGUGGCGCGAGCGCGAGUUGCGCGUGCGCCCGGCCGAGCUGCACCGCUACCGGCUGGCCGGCGUCACGCGCCUCGAGGAGUGCGCGCACUACGAGCAGCACGCCGCGCACCGCAAGCACCCGCACGCCGCGCAUCCGCUAGACGGCAGCAGUGGGUGCCUGGACACCAAUCAGACAAGAGAUCAAAUGCAGACCAGCACGCCGCAAAGAAAAAGAGACGGCGAAGGCGGCUCAAGUUCCACCAGCCCAAAGUGCACACGGGACGGAAGUACCGCAUGUGGAUGCUCCAAAAAGAGCUCAUGCAGCAACAGCAGCGCCGUAUGCUCGACGCAGCUUCUCAACAAUAAUGAGAUAAAGAUAUGCUCAGCGCUGAGCCUAGCACCAGCUCAGUACGUAACUCUGAAAGGAGUGCUACUACGUAGACCGACAGCCGCUGAAAGCGACGUGGACGUUGCCGUCCGACAGUACUUACAGGCCGCCGGCUGGUUGCACAACUAG